UCUUAACAUGUUUCAACGUUGUAAAAGUCUAUGUUUGACAUUAAAUAUACAAUCACGAUAUAAAAGUAUGUUAUCGAAAGCCGAAAUAAAAGAGAGAAGAAAUUUGUUAUUUGAAGAAGAAAAGAAAAGGCAAAGAAAUGCAAUUGGAAGAAUUGAAAAGAUAGAAGUCAAAUAUCAAUCUCCUAUAGAAGAAGUAAUUCUUAUAAUGAACAAAUGUAUAUCAACUCCUACAGAUUGUGCAAAACAUGUAUCAGAAGGUGUAUCUAAAGUAUCUGCACUUGCCUUAGUAGAUGGACUACCAUGGGAUAUGAAUCAACCAUUAACAUCAAACUGUGAAUUAAAAUUUCUAAAUUUGCUUAGUCCAGAAAACAAGGCUGUAAAUGCAGCUUUUUGGCGAACUUGUUCCUUCAUUUUAGGUGCUGUUGUAGAUAUGGCUUUUAAACCUGAUGUAACAGUUCAUUUACAUAGUUUUCCAGUACCAGUUAUAAAGUCUGGAAGUUUUAUAUAUGAUGUGUACCUUGAUUUGGCUGAUUGGAUUCCUACAGAUCAAGAAACACGUGCAUUAUCUGCUCAGUAUAUGAAAUUAGUAAAUCAGCAUUUGCCUCUAGAGAGGUUAGAAACUACAGAAAGCCUUGCACUUGACAUAUUCCAGGAUAAUCCUAUUAAGAUGGCACAAAUACCAGAUAUAGCAAAAUCUAAUAACAAUAAAAUUAUUUUGUAUAGAAUUGGAGAUCAUAUAGAUAUUAGUAAAGGACCUUUCAUAGGAAACAGUUCAUUAAUAGGAUGUUGUACAAUUACUGCUGCCCAUAAAAUUCCAGAGGAAGAAAAUCUAUACAGAUUUCAAGGUAUAGCACUCCCUAAGGGAAUUUUUUUAAAUCAAUUUGCAUAUGGUAUAUUGGAGAAGCGUGCUAAGAAAUUAAAUACUUCAACAUCUUUCACACAAAGAAAUAACAUGAAGGAACAAUAUUCUGCUGAAAUAAUUGGUAGAAACUAA